AUGACUUUUAACUUUGAAAGUAAUGCUCAAAUGAAAGAACAAUCACAUCAAACUGAGCAGCCAAAAUCAUCUUCAAAAGAACUAGCUGAAGCAGGACUWGAUUUCCAUGAAYCAUUUGCAAGUUCUAAGUUAAAUUUAGACUUCACACAAUCUCAAGAUAAAGAUAUAGAUUUCAUUAACAUUCAUGAAGAAAUACAGUUGGAUAGCAAAGCAACAAGAAAUCAAAAUAUAGGAGGUGCAAUUCAACUGGGAAAAAAGAAAAAGAAAACACAAGCUAAACAACCAGGAUAUGCAAGAGAUUUAAAAUCUACCAGCAGUUCUGAGAAAAAGGGAAGCAUGAUAUCAAAGCCAUCAAAUCAAGAAACAUAUGAAACCCUAAAGAACCAGGACUGUGUAUCUCAGGAAACAGAAACUAAGCAAGAGACAAACCUCCAUUCACUUGAACAGACACCAGCAGAGUGUGGUAAAACCAUUGAAAUUGGAGGACAAACAAGUACCAAUCAAGCAAAUACUGCUGAGGGUAGUGCUCAGAUCAUGAAAUCAGAUGUUGAUGAUUUUGGUGGGGGCAUUGAUGAUAGUGAAUCUUUUAAAAAAGAAAUAGAAACUAACAGAAGUGAGUGCCAACAGCUCUAUUCUAUUGGAACCCCAACAUCCUCUGAAGAAAAUCUAAGUGGAGGUGAUAUCRCAGAACCACAAGAAGAAGKYRUUGAAAGCAUAGAACCAAUAGAUGCAGACAGCAAAAGUGACAACUAUAGACUUGAAAGUCAGCAAGAUCUUGACAAAGAGAACAAGGAUAACAAUGAGAGUGAAGAUGAAAGUUGUCAAAGUGAAGAUGAUAUACAUGUAGAUCUUGAAUCACAAACAAUCAGUAAGACAAGUACAGAUGAUAAAGAAAAAUUUGAUAUAGAARAAAAAUCUGUGAAAGAAGACAGUAAGACUAUGGGAAAUGAUGAUAAAGAAAGUCAUAAAGAAAAGAUGUAUGAAUUUAGUGUUGAUGCUGAGGAUAAACUUACUAUAAUGGAACAAGAUAUCCAGUUUCAAAUUUCAAAUUUAAAAGAAGAUGAAGWGUGUUUGGCCAACCUUAAAGCACAUUUGAUAGAAAAUUACUCCAAUGUAGAAACUCUAUACUUGAACAAACAAAAUGAAUUGGAAAAUCAUAUUAAAGAAGAAUCAACKGCUAUUGCUGAAGAUAAUUAUGACUURGCMGAGGAACUUGCUGUCAAAAUUCAACAAGCUAAAGAAGAUUUGGAAAAGAUUAAGUACAAAGCUCCGGUUUGUGAUAUCAAGGUUCAGGAAACAUUAAAACUCUCAUCUGAGCUUGCUGCAAGAACACUGUCAAUUCACYGUGAAGCAGAAAGUAGCUUACAAGAAUUACGAGAAGAACAAGUUGCMAUUUUAGAUUAUCAUAAUGAAGAAAAUGGCUCUAAAAUAUCCAAAGAAAAACAACAUUUAAAUCUAGAAAAACAGCGAAUUGARCGAACUCGUGCUCAUCUUUCACUCGAUAGUGAACAUCUUAAGAAAGAAGAUGACGCACUUGAGGAAGAAAUUAAUGAAAGAACAGCAAAAUUUGUAGCUCGCAAGAAAGAGUUAAUGAAAGAGCACCAGCUGAUCAAGCAAGAAAUUUCAGAUUUGGAAGAAAGAUUAAAACAGCUAAGGUUAAAAGAAUCUAAGUAUAGAGACGAUAUCAAUGGGGAAGAAAUCAAGAUAGCAGAGAUUUUAGAAGAGUUCUUGCCACAAAGAAACGCUCUUGAUGUCCAAAGGAAAGACCUAGAAUAUCAGGAAAGGCUUCUUGAUGAUCAACAGGAAGCUCUAGCCUCGAGUCAAGAGGCUUACAAUAAUGUAAUUGAUGAGUGGAAUCGUAGGAAACUAAGGCUUUCAGAGUUUCUCGACCGUCUCCAGUCAGCCGUUGAAAGAAACAAUGCAAUGAUCGAGCAUCUGGAGGAGAGACGUGGAGAACUAGAAGAUUUCCAGUGUUUAAAGCAUCUUUCCUUAAAUGCUGACCCAAGUCUGGAUAAAUUAAAGUCAUCUGCCCAGCGGUCGCAUCAACAGAUAAAGACACUGCAUGCCAAAAUUAAUCUAUCAAAUAGAACAGCCGCGUCACUUAGGAAAAGUCUAUCUGAAAUUGAAGCCCAGAUUUCAGACAGAAACGAGGCCAAAGACAUCGCAAAGAAAGAAAGAAAUUUCAAAGAAGCAAAGAGACUCAAGGAAGAAAGUGAAGCCUUGAACAUCGAAGGAAUAGAAAACCAGAAAAAGUUGGAAACUGUUCUUCAAGAUUUGGACAGUGACACUGAAUUACUGAAGAACGUUGAAAAGGAUUUUAAAAAUAUAUCAGACAAUCUAAAGGAAGAAGAAUUUAAGUCAG